CGGGGUUUGUUUGAGCGGCAUCAGAUCCGCUGUGAGUGUCGAUGGGUGUGUGUGAGUCUCCGGUGCCGCACAAACCGCUCAAAAUAAACCCGGGGAGACGUUAAAGCUCAUAUACGGCUGCCUCUCCGCCGGGAGAGGAGGAGCAGGAGGGUUCUGGUUCCUGGACAGCCUCUGUGUGCGGGGGAAUCGAGCGGAGCGGGGACCAUGGCGCGGGACUAUGAUUACCUCUUCAAGCUGCUCAUCAUCGGUGACAGCGGUGUUGGCAAAAGCAGUUUACUGCUGAGAUUUGCUGAUAACACAUUUUCGGGUAGCUACAUCACCACGAUCGGUGUGGACUUCAAGAUUCGCACGGUGGAAAUAAACGGGGAAAAAGUCAAGUUGCAGAUUUGGGAUACAGCAGGACAGGAGAGAUUUCGGACCAUCACCUCCACGUACUACAGAGGCACACACGGCGUUAUAGUGGUUUAUGACGUCACCAGCGCAGAGUCGUUUGUAAACGUCAAGCGUUGGCUUCAUGAAAUCAAUCAAAACUGUGACGACGUUUGUCGGAUAUUAGUGGGUAAUAAGAAUGACGACCCCGCCUCUAAAGUGGUGGAGACCAAUGACGCGCAGAAGUUUGCUGAGCAGAUGGGCAUCCGACUGUUUGAGACCAGCGCCAAGGAGAACAUCAGCGUGGAGGAUAUGUUCAACUGCAUCACAGAGCUCGUCCUGAAGGCCCGGAAAGAGUCGGUGGCCAAACAACAGCAGCAGCAGCAGAGCGAAGUCAUCAAACUGAGUAAGAGCAGCAAACGCAAGAAGAAAUGCUGCUAAUGGACCGGACUCAUGCGCACACACACACACACACAAACACACACACUCACACACUCUUAGAGAGCCAAUCGACAAAACGCCACUGAACUGACAAGAGCCAACUUAACAUACAACCCGUCAGAGACUAGCAAUGAGAGAUAUAUCUAGAGGUUUACUAAUGAUGAGCCCGUUUGAACUUCGGGAGGACUUUGGCAUACGAACUUGGAUGUUUUAGCAGGAUUGGAUUCAAGUGGCAUCGCACUCGUUUUUGUCCCCCUCCCCCCCCCCAGCAGAUUUGCCACAAGAAUUUUAAAAUGGAGAAUGAAAUGCUUUCUGUUCUUCAUGCAUCUUUGUCAUCGUCCACGUUUCGCACAUCUGUGGAAUCAAACCAAUAAGGCCAAACUUGAGUGUUAAUGUGGCCAAUCAGGACAGCGUACACGCAGAAGUCGGAGAACAUCAUGGACUGCAUCCCGUGUUUUCAUGCUCUUGUUAUUGACGGUUGUCACAGACCAACGGUGGACCAAACAUGUGCUGAUCUGCCAACUAUCAAGAGACACUCGUUUUGCCUUUUGCUUUCUCUUUUGUCUUUCAUUUUUGUAAAAUUGUAUUUUUUUACUAACAAAUUAUACAAUCAAACACACGGUAGCAUUUAGUGAGUCUCAUGUAAGCUUGUUUCCACCACAGAAUAAAAAAAUAAAUGAAAGUAAUUGCGACUUUCUCACAAUUCUGCCUUUUUUCCCCCCUCAGAAUUGCGAGUUUAAAUCCCAAAAUUCUGACUUUAUAACCUUGGUAUUGCCAGUUUAUAUCUCACAAUUCUGAGAAAAAAAGUCAGAAUUGCAAGUUUAUAUCAGAAUUAUCUAUAAAAAAAAGUCAGAAUUACGGUUGCAAGAAAAAAGUCAGAAUUGUGAGAUGAAAAAUUCCCUCAUACCGUUUUUUUUUUUUUUUUUUUUUUAAUCUUGUGGCGGAAACAAGCUUCCACAGAAUCUGGUGCCAUUGACUGAACGUUAUUAUAUUUACAGCUGGGAGGAAAUGCUGAAUCUCAUGUGCAACGACACAAAUGAAAGUGCUGAGUUAUAGGAAUAAUUCUCUCAGAAAUGCAUGUUGUUUUCUAUGGAGCCUUGUUUCCGCCACUAAAUAAAAAAUAAAUAAUUAUAUAUUUUUUUUAAAAAUAAAAAAAAAGGUAAUUGCGACUUUAUCUCACAAUUCUGACUUUUUUCUCAAAAUUGCGAGAUUUAAACUCACAAUUAUGAGUUAUAAAGUCAGAACUGCAUGAUAUAAAGUCAGAAUUGCGCAAUUCUAACUUUAUAACACACAUUUAUAUUAUAUUUUAUAUAUUAUAUUUAUAGUUAUAAAAUCAGGAUUGUGUGACAUAAACUGAGAAAAAAGUCAGAAUUGUGAGAAAACGUCAAAAUUCUGACUUCUUUUCUCCGUUUUUAUCACACAAUCCUGACUUUAUAACUCGCAAUUCUGACUAUAACAUGCAAUUGCGAGUUUAUAUCUCAGUUCUGAGGAAAAGUCAGAAUUGCGAGGAAAAAAACAUCAGAAUUGACAUUUUUCUUGCAAUUCUGACAUUAUAUUAUGUAAUUCUGACUUUAUCUUGCAAUUCUGACUUUAUAACUCAUAAUUGCAAGUUUAUAUCUCGCAAUUCUGAUUUUUUAAACUCGUAAUUCUGACUUUAUAUCACAAUUCUAAAAAAAAAAAAAAAGGCAGAAUUGUGAGAUAAAAAGCCUUUAAUUUUUUUAUUUCAUGGCAGAAACAAGCUUCCAUAGUUUAUUUACUCACCUGCACGUCGUUGCAAACCAUUUACUUCCUUCUGUGGACUUUUAUGAUGCUUUCGCUCAACGGAGAAGAGCUGCAUGAACAUUCUGCUGAACGUCUCCUUUUGUGUUUCACAGAAGAAAAGGGUUUGGAGCGAUAUGAGGGUGAUUAAAUCAAACUUGGUUGAAUUCAUGCUUUCCAGAGCUGGUUAGAGCUUGUUCUCCAGGUUGAGAGAUGAAAAGAAAAGUGAUCAUGUGACUGUAUUUGACUCCUCGGAUUACAUUUCAGCAGGAAGAUGAAGACACCAGCGGCACUUGUGACUGAAAAUACCACAACCUGAGGACCGAAACGGUGUGUUUGAGGUGACUCUUUAACGCAUAAUUACAGUGACAGCCGUUCUGUUUUGCACAGAUUGUGGGAGCGAAUGGUUCUUGCUUUGUGAUGUUCACAGGGAAUCUGCGACAAACCCUUACAAAACCACCGUUGUGCUAAUUUAUGUUUAUAAUAUCAUUGAAAGUCUGCUCUAUAUGAUGCACCUACACGUGAGAGAACACGCAUGUCUGCAUGUGGACACUGACACGUGCGUCUGUGUGCUUCUGUUUGUAUGUGUAAUGAUCUGGUGUACACUGGAAAAGAUGAAAUAUCACUCAUAUCCAUUGUCCCGACACGAGCCUAACGAUAAUAAACAUUUUAAAAGAACAAAA